AUGCAGGAAGAUCGCUUGAAACCAAUCCCACGCUGCGAUUGGGAAGAGUGGCGCGAUUUGUACAAACGAGACUGGCCACGCCAUGAGCUAGCUUAUAAUACGGUGCAAAACUAUAUUAACUGGUCCAAACGCGACGGUAAGAUUAAAGACUUGGUGAUUUACAGCCUGAAUGGAAGUUGGCGAGAAAAUGGAACGUACGUUAUUAUUGAUCGUAUUGAACUGUAUAUUUGGACGAUGGACGAGUCGUUGGUUAGCCUACGCCGUGCACUAGAGCUAGUGGACUGGGAUUACUAUCACGUUGCCGUGAUGUGUGAAUAUGAAACUCUUCUCUUUGACGUUUUAAAGAAACUCACUGUUCAGGUGUUCAACGCACAACCUAUUUACAUUUAUUAUCUAGCUAAAGAGGACGCAUGUGCACUAUCUGUAACCCUUCCGGAAGGACUUAAGUUCGCUUCGCUUCAACCGGAGCAUGCAAAAUUUAUCAACGACUUGUGGCCUCACCGAGAGACGGGAUCAGAAUUUUCCCUUGAACGUUUGAUAUGCUGGAACCCUUCGAUUGGGUUGUACGAUUCUUCUGAUAAUUUACUCGGUUGGUGCGUUCUCACGCAGAUGGGUGUUAUCGGAUCGCUUGGUGUUAUUGAAAAGCGUAAGGGAUACGGAACACUAGUGUUGAAAGGAUUCGUAAAACAGCUCGCCCAAAUGGGCCUCAAUUUGUAUGCCAGCAUUCUUGUAAAUAACAAACCGUCUCAGAUUGUGUUCGAAAACAUCGGCUUCAGGAUCAUCAGGAACGCGAAUUGGAUUAGAAACUGCGAAAGAAAACUUGUGGAGUGGAAGUCUGGAGCCAAGAUGGUUUGCGAAUAG